AUGGAAGGGUACAAGGAGAUAACUUCCGCCAUCGAGGGACGUCUCUUCCUCUCAACGCAAAAGGUACACGAGACACAGGAGGGCAAUGAGUCCUAUUUCCAGAGUCGCCCUGUGUCCUUACCCACAGCAGACUCCUGGUUGUCUCCCUUCGCCAACCCGAUCAACUUUUCAGCCAAAACCAAGUCCGAUGAUUCCAAGACCGUGCGAAAGGUGUCCGGUAGUGCCCGGGAGAGCUCUCGGCGCCUGCACCUGAAGAGCUCCAGCAAGAGCCUGCCCACGAACAACGAGCAAGACGUCGAAUACACAGUGUCCACCCGCACCGAUGCAUUCGGCGUAAUCUUCGAUCUGGCCGAGCCGGUCAUGUACCUGGAAGGAUUUGAUUUCCCGCACAAUCUGGAGCACACGUCGGCGGUGCUGAGAGGCGUGAUACACUUGGACGUGGUACGAGAGACGACACUGAGUAAGUUGUCACUCGAUUUCCAGGGAGUCAGCCAGACGAUCUGGCCCGAGGCGUGGAGAGCGAGACGACUGAAGAAGGUGUACGACGAAAGCAUCGUCCAUCACACAUGGGACUUUCUCGACCAUGAGAGGGAUCCUGCAAAGGCCGGUCGGACAUUCAGUCCCGGGGUGUACCACUACAACUUCGAACUGCCGCUGGCAUCGUCGUUUCCAGAGACCAUCGACCUUCCUCUGGGCAAGGUGUUCUAUCAUCUGACUGCCACGGCCGUCGAGUCCGGCCGCUCUUCCAAUUCAGCCACCUUCAAGCAGCCGGUCGUGCUGGUGCGCAUCCCAUGUAUGUGCUCGCUCGAGAUGAUAGAGCCGUACGAAGUCCGCGGCAUGCUGCACGGGCUCGGGUACAACUUCUCGCUGGCCGCGAAGUCCUGUCCCGUGGGCGGCCAACUACCCCUGCGCAUGAAAAUCUCCACCCAGCCCGACCGCUGCUGGCAGCAGAUCACCGUGGCCAUGGUCGAGGACGUGCAGUACCAGACACGCAAUGGGCUGGCGUGUCGCGAACAGUCACGGUCCAAGGCCGUGCUCUACACCAAGCGCAUCAAACGGGAUCCUCUUCACCAGCGGGCCUUCCGGCGCAUCAGUGCCGUGGGCGAGAACAUGGCGGUGUCCUACGCCAGCAGCGCCGUUAUCGAGAAAGACGUCCCACGCCGCAGCCGGUCCAUGUCGGUGCACGAGGACAGCGAGAGCAAUUACCUCUACGAGACGGCCAUGCUGCAAAUGCCUUCGUGCUCGCGCAUCCAGGCGGACACGGCGUAUAAGUGCCUCUACGUGCGGCAUUACUUGCUGAUCACCAUUUCCGCCUUCGUGGAAGUGACCGAGAGCAGCCGCAAACACUUUGAGAUCCGCGUGAGGAUGCCCAUCCAGAUCCUGACGUGCCGGUGGCUGGACGGGAGUGCUACGCUGCCUCAGUACUCGGAAAAGCCCGUGCAGCUUUCGCUCGAAGGGUCGCCGAAUCUAUGCCGAUGCUCCUCCGGCGGCGGUGGAUCCGCCCCGAGGAGAAGUAGUCCCGGCGACAGGACGGUUGUCCAUCAAGAAUGA